AUUUCAUUUAUGCAGUGAUAUUUUGCUAUUCUUGAACCGAUAGUCUAUGUCGGCAACAGCAAGGCCGUUACAGGAAACGCAAAAUACUGUUCCUACUUCAGUUCCAAAUUCUGAAAGUAUGGAUUCAUCCAUUGGAGGAUCAGCUAGUGGUACACCCACAUCAGCUGCUGCUGUAAUAGCUUCACCAGUUCAGGGGGCGGCUACAUUUUCUUCAACCUCAGAUUCUGUUCCGUCUAAUGUUGUGGUUUCAGCAACUCUUACUGGAAGCUCGCUAUUGUCAAUAGGUGGUCUUGUAAAAGCACAUGACACUUCUCAAGAUUCCAUUAGGGCAAAAUUUUCUUCACCACCUGGCUUUGUUGUUGCUGCACCUUCUUUUUCUUAUGGUGUAAUCCCUAGAACGAAUUUGACAUCGGGGAAUCCUCAACAGUCAUCAUCUUCUGGUUUAAAGUUGACCCCACCAGUGCCUGCUGCUGCUCUACAACCCCCAGUUCCAGGCCAGUUUCUAGGCACCAGGCCUUUUCCGUACAAUGUAGUCUCGCAUGCUAAUGUUGUUCCAGCAGCUGGUCAGCAGAUUCAACUUAACACUGUUCCCGUUCAAGCACACUUGCAAGGUGGAAAGUUUAUUCCUCCAAGUGCUUCAUCUUUGCAACCUCCAGUUCCAAGGCAACCUGUCCGCCCUACUCCAUUUGGUCCUGGAGCUGUUUCUUUAAUUUCUCCGUCACCUAUGCAGUUUCCAUUAUCUGUUCCUCAAGGAGAUGCCAUAAAACAAACAAAUUUCUCUUUCAGUGGGCAUAACCAAUUUUCAACAGCAGAAAAAGAUGAGACAAUUCUGUCUUCUGAAAAGUGUACAUCAGAUGCUGUGGCAGUGGAAACUACCAGUGACUCCUCAACUUUGGUUAAUUCUCAAUCUGUACAAACAUCUCAGAGUAUGCCAUUGGGUACCUCCACAGGCCUUGGUAUAAAUGCUAAUGCAUGUGCUGCAAGCAUGUUGAUUCCAGCUGCACCAUCUUUUACUGCACAUGCUGAGAUGCCAAAUGCUCGUGGAAUUCCAGGACUAACUGGAAAUUCUAGUUCUGCAACAGCAUCAACUGGUGCUACUAUAAAACCAACACCCACAAAUUCUUCCAUUUCAUCUCCAAGGCCCAUAAUUCCAGUUACUGCUGCUCUGCCUCCGACAUCAACUUCUGUCCCUGUACCAUUUCCAGUCCCGCAAAAUGUUCAACAGCAAACAAAUGUACAUUAUUCUUCUCAACCUACAAUGGCCCCAUCCCCACAGGCCUCUUGGUCGCAUCCACCUCAAGCUGGUCCAAUGCAGCAUGUCUCCUUUUCACCAUAUCCUGGUUUUUUUCCUGCUCCUUUUUCUUUGCCUGUGCAGGGAAUACCUCCUGCUGUUCCUUUGCCCUUUAUUCAGCCUCCAGGUGUCUCUCUAAUGGUUUCUCAAGUGGAACCAACAGCAGUGACUGCAGGAUCUCUCCAGCCUGGAAGCAGUAUGGUUGCAGAAUCAUCUUCUUCAGUUGUUGAUCAGGACAAAAAAUCUAACAAUCUUGACAAGGAUGAAGGAGAUACUAGUAAUGAAUUAGAAAAUGCAUGGACAGCACACAAGACAGAGACUGGUGCAGUAUACUACUACAAUUCUAUUACAGGCAAAUCGACAUAUCAAAAACCUUCCAAUUUUAAAGGAGAGUCAGAGAAAGCUACAACCCAGUCAAAUGCUGUUUCAUGGGAGAAGUUGGCUGGCACAGAUUGGACGAUAGUAACCACAAGUGAUGGAAGAAAGUACUAUUAUGAUACCAAGAACAAGGUCAGUAGCUGGCAUGUCCCGGCAGAGGUUGCAGAACUCAGAAAAAAUCAAGAAAGUGGUUCAACUGAAGGAAGUGCAACCCAACUUCAAGAUGCUAGCACACAAGGAGAUAAAGUUUCUGCUCCUGCUAAUAUUGCAGCUCCAGCUGCACAGAUAGGUGCUCAUGAUUCUAUGGCUCUUCGAAGUUCUGGGGCACCUGUUUCGUCGUCUGCAUUGGAUAUGGUUAAAAAGAAGCUGCAGGAAGCAGGUACUCCAAUGACAUCACCUCACUCAACUUCUGUGCCCGCUACUUCAGAUGCAAACGGCUUAAAAGCCACUGAGGCUGUAGCCAAGGGAGUUAUUAACAAAGACAAAGCAAAAGAUGCUAACGGUGAAGGAAAUAUGUCAGAUUCGUCAUCUGAUUCAGAUGAUGAGGAAAGUGGGCCUAGUAAAGAGGAGUGCAUUAUCCAGUUUAAGGAGAUGCUUAAAGAACGAGGAGUGGCUCCAUUUUCGAAAUGGGAUAAAGAAUUGCCAAAGAUAGUGUUUGAUCCACGCUUUAAGGCUGUUCCAAGUCAAUCUGCUCGAAGAGCGUUGUUUGAACAUUAUGUUAGGACACGAGCUGAAGAAGAGCGCAAGGAAAAAAGAGCAGCUCAGAAGGCUGCACUAGAUGCUUUUAAGCAAUUACUAGAAGAAGCCUUGGAGGACAUUGAUCACAAAACUGACUAUCAUUCAUUCAAAAGAAAAUGGGGUGGUGAUCCACGAUUUGAGGCUAUAGAUCGCAAGGAAAGAGAGCUUUUACUGAAUGAGAAAGUGAAAGCUGCUGAUGAAAAGAUGCGAGCAUUACGCAUGGCUGCAGCAACUAGCUUUAAGUCUAUGCUACGUGAUAAUAGAGAUAUUACGACAAGCAGCCGAUGGUCCAGGAUAAAAGAGAGUUUGAGGGAUGAUCCAAGGUAUAAGGCUGUGAAGCAUGAACAGAGGGAAACCUUGUUCAAUGAGUACAUUGCUGAACUGAAGUCUGCUGUAGAUGAAGUGGAACGAUCAGCCAAGGCUAAAAGAGAUGAACAGGAUAAAUUGAAGGAGAGAGAGAGGGAAUUGCGGAAAAGGAAAGAAAGAGAAGAAAAAGAGAUGGAGAGAGUUAAACUAAAAGUUCGCAGGAAAGAAGCUGAAUACUCUUAUCGAACUUUGCUUGUUGAGAUGAUUAAAGAUCCAAAGGCAUCUUGGACAGAGUCUAAGCCAAAACUAGAGAAAGAUCCACAAGGCCGUGCAACAAAUCCUGAUUUGACACAAGAAGACGCUGAGAAACUAUUCCGCGAACAUGUUAAAGAUUUGUAUGAGCGUUGUGUGAAUGACUUCCGGACGCUGCUUGCUGAAGUUGUGACUGUGGAAGCUGCUGCUGCAAAAAAUGAUGAUGGGAAAACGGUUCUCAAUUCUUGGUCUGAAGCAAAACUCCUGUUGAAGCCUGACCCUAGGUACUCCAAGAUGCCAAGCAAAGAUCGGGAGUCUCUCUGGCGCCGGCACACAGAGGACAUGUUGCGAAGGCCGAAAUCAGUGUCCGACACUAAGGAGUCUCCUGGUACAAAUGGCAGAAAUAGAAUGUCAUCUGCUGCUGAUCCUUUGAAAAGGUCACCCGGUAGAUCUCAUCGACGAAGGUAGCUUUAUCAGUUACCUCACCCUCCAUGUAUUUAUUUAAACUAAGAGCGAGCAAGCUAAGUUAGCUGUUCAGGGGAACCUUUUCCCUUUACUAAGCUAGGGUGGUCGUCAUGUAACAAUGUUUUUCGAGCUGCUUAGAGGACACUACUGGGAGAGCGUCACAGCCGGGCGGGCAUGAGGUGAUUGAUUUAUGCUAUACAUGAGAUUGCACUUUUUUUUAUC